UUUGCCAUCGGCAGCCAUGACAUCCGAGAACAUCUUUCAUGCGGUUCAUGGUAAAUCCAUCGCGACUCUUUUGUUCAAAUUAUGUUCCAGUUUUACUUAAAUAUGGUUCCGUACAAAAUAAAAUAUGAACACCCUUCGUACAUCCUACUCAUGUGUGUAUAAUGAUAAAAAAGGAGCGUCUUCGCUCGGUUUGAAACGGCCGCCAUGUUCUGAGGUAGGGACGGUGUAAAUAUUUUACGAACCACUUUGGGGUAAUAGGUAAAUUCUCCCUAUCGGGAGAAUUAACGUUGUCAAACAAAGAUUUUCUUGAGCUUUUGAAAUUUUUAAGAAUUGAUGCUUCCUCUCACCUUCAUCAUCGCAAACAUCAUUAUAAUCAUCAUCAUCAUUAUCAUCAUCAUCAUAACAUCAUUAUCAUCAUCAUUACCACUAGCAUUGUUAUCAGUGAUCAAAGGCAAGACAGUCACCAACUCCAAUGCCACCAGUAAAAGCAGAAAACCACCAGAACCAUGAUAUUUUUUAUAUUUCAGAUGAUGUUGGUGUUGCAGAUCACCAAUAUGCUACUGGACUUGAGCCCACAUCCCUGGACCUCAUAGACAUUGGGUCAGAGGUUAUUGCUGGAGAAAUCUCACCACAGGCUGUGAUAAUUGAAGAACAGGUGACCAGUCCAAGGCAUCACCAAGGGGCUAUAUCCGUAGACAGGAUAUCGGACAAGCUUGCCAGACAAAAAUCUUUUUCAAAAAGGAUGAAGACUUUCAAGAAACAGGCCAUGCUUCUGCACACAAAGUGUGGUGCGAGUGUGCGCUGGGAAGUGAUCUCUGAAUCAGGGAGAAUCAUUUCAGGAACUCAUCCCAUGCGCACAUCUCGCACCGUUGGGUUGCAAGCAGGCCAGACUGCCGAGGAAACACCCUCAAAGUCCAAAAGUGUUGGGUCCCCAAAGAGGGCAAGGCCUGCACUCAUGACGAGGCCGGAUAGUCAGCAAAUGCAAAUAAACAAUUUGCCUGGAAAAAAACGCUCAAGAUCAAUUGUGUCCAAUGAUCAGAGCAAAGUCACCAACAAGUGCUCUGUUUGUAGUAUAAUUUUUAACUCUCCAAAGGAUAGAGCCUUUAAAAAGGCUCACAAGUUACAGGGACAGUGGCUGGGAUGUGAGGAGGAGGGGUGUGGGUUUUGGGGUCAUGCCAGAUGUGCUGCGGUUUUUAUUCCAUCAAGAAAAAGCAUCCCAGAAAUUAAGUUCCAUGACAAACAUCCUUGAUGGAAUAAAAAACCCAGCUCAUCUGUGCUGUAGUUAAAUCAGCCAGAUUCUCGUUGUAAUUUGUGUUUCUUUGUUAAUUAAUCAAUUAUUUAUCAAUUUAUUAAUUAAGUUUAUUUAUUUAGUUAGUUUUAACCUAUUUAUUUUAGCACAAUUGCAUUUUUAGCCUAAGGCUUAUUGAGACACUCUUAAGUCUGUUUCCGGGGUAGAACCAGUACUUGUUGUCUAUUGAGGAUUUAUUUAUUUAAAUCAGUUAUUUUGUUAGUUAAAUUAUUAUUCUUACCCAAAAUUAAGACAAAUGUAACAGACAAUGAACUCCAUAUUUAUGAACAUGACAAUUUUUCUUUAAAUGA